UGGCUGGAUGAGCGGGCACCACAUGCACAGUGACGGGUUAACAGGGAUCGUUCUCACCUUUGUUAACUGUUACCAGCGUGUGGAUCAGUUCUCCUGUGGCUUGUGUGUGUAUCUGAAUCAAGUGCAGUGUUUAGAAAACUUACGUGGCUUAUGAGUUGUGAAAAAGUUCAUAUCAGGGCAUCAAGCAAGGAGGUUGCGUGGGCUCCGUGCAGUGAUGUCAUUUGAUGAACCUUAAGCCGCAGAUGAAUGGUGUUUCGGUUGAUUAUAUGUUAUAAUUGAUCAGAAAAGCGCUAGAUUAUUAACUAUAUGUAAGAAAAGUUAGAAAUUGAAAGCAUAGUGGUGAGUUUAUGAACUCUGGAAGUGUUAUUUAAAAGUUCCUUUGCUGAAGUUUCACCAGGUCGUGGCAACUCGGGUUAAUUUGCCGACCUAAUGGCAUCAAUUCGUUCAAUCCGUGCGGGUUUGUCUCGGUCCUACCAGUCUCUUAACACUAUUGGCCAAGACGACAAUGACAAUGACAAGCUGUACGGCCGUAGCUCCACCACAGACUGGAUAGGUGUUGACAAUUUUAAGAGUAAUAAAAACGGCAAUUCUCCUUUCUCUAUGAUAAAAAAUGCCAUGGCAAAAGUAUCGCGUAGCAGACAAAAUUCUUCCCGGAUUUCCGUCAUAUUGAGGGAGUUAGACGACGAGUGGACUAUUAAUGAAGACCCUGCAGAAGGAGACAGUUUCCUCGGGAAACUUCGCUCAUCCUCCAAGAUGCCGUCCUCUAUUGCUGUGCCCCCAGAGCAGGCCUCCCUCCUAGGGACGAUGCCUAGUGACGCUCUGGAUGACAUUGAGCUGCGUCACGUGCAGUUGUCAGUGUCCAACUCCCGUACACUAAGUGAGGAUGGGUCUGCUGGGUGUAAGGAGACUGUCGACACUCAACAUGGACCCAUCACUGUCGCCGUGUCUGGAGAUACUUCCAAGCCCAUGAUCCUCACCUACCACGAUCUUGGUCUUAAUCACGUCACCAACUUCCAGGCGUUCUUCUUGUACCCUGAGAUGAGGAACAUUCUUAGCAACUUCUGCAUUGUGCAUGUCAAUGCUCCAGGCCAGGAAGAUGGAGCCCCUACACUUCCAGAAGGAUAUGUGUAUCCCACCAUGGAGGAACUCUCAGAGACGAUUACCUGUGUCAAGAAUCAUUUCCACCUCCGGACCUUCAUAGGGUUUGGUGUGGGUCUUGGUGCUAAUAUUCUUGCCCGAUAUGCUACCAAGUACCCUGCUGAUGUGGAUGCCCUGGUUCUAGUUAACUGCUCUUCUACCCAAGCUGGAUGGAUUGAGUGGGGUUACCAGAAGCUCAACAUUCGUCAUCUCCGCUCUGGCACCAUGACAGCUGGUACUGUAGACUAUCUCCUGUGGCAUCACUUUGGCAAGAGAGAGGAGUGUAAUCAGGACCUGGUGACUGUGUAUCGGCAACACUUCGAGAAAGCCCUCAACCCCACCAACCUCGGCCUUCUUGUUGACUCCUACAUCCGCCGCAGUGAUCUGGGUAUUGUGCGAGAGCUGGACCCUAACAAGAAGAAGGAUGUUCGCAUGAUCCGGUCACAGGUGCUGAAUAUUACUGCCAACCAUUCUCCUCAUAUUGAGGACACUGUCACCUUCAAUGGAAGACUUGAUCCAACGUUGGCCACAUGGAUGAAGAUUCAAGACUGUGGACUGGUCAUUGAUGAAGCUCCUGGCAAAGUGGUGGAGGCCUUCCGUCUGUUCCUCCAAGGGCAGGGCUAUGCGGUGAGUGGGUCCCGGCGAUCCUCAGCUGUGUCGAUUGGAGAAGGUAAAUCGUGUUGAACGCAUCACCCAUCAUCAAAAAACAAGCUUUGUCGGUACACAAUCGUGGCAUUGGCUCCCGACAAGCAUCAAUCUCUUCAGUCAAUAGUUCCACAACUAGCGUAAAGGAUAUACGAAUUACUGAAAAUCCCCUGCAGAAUCCCACCGUCUGAGCACUGGCAGGAGCGGCACUACUGAAGGUGAAGAGUGCCAGUCAUUGAAUUAACCCAUCACGUCCGAGAACUGACGGUGGUGCCUCAAGUUUUAUUAGAGAUAUGAGAGAGUGUCGGCCAUCCUACUGGAGGAGGAAGACAGCUGUUUAGUAUUGACAAUGGUGCAGGAUGGGUGUAUUAUUUUAUCGUCAUUAACGACCACAUCUAAUGUAUAUGGAAGAGUAACUUUGUGGUAGAAUGAAAAACAAAACAAAUGUUAUAAAAGAUUUUGUUUCUGUUUAUUAUAUUUUAGUUUUUUGUGAUGACUGUAUGUAAAACCAGUUAAAAAUUUUAUGUCUGCCAUAGUACAGUACUUCAAAUAGUGCAAAUGAGAGAGCUAAGAUAGUUAUUAAGCUUUGUCGUUGCCACCAGCUCUAAGGCUUUUGUUGCCCAGGAGGCCUAUGUAGGUUUUAAUAUGCAUUUUAUGGAUUAUUUGUGAGUGAGUUACCCAGGAUGUCUGCAGCAACAGUCAGGGUAACUUGUACUUUUUGCUUUACAUAGUCAUUGGAAAAGUAAGGGUAAAUGUUUUAAAUUGUAGAGGCAUUGAAGUUACUAACUGGAUGGCAAUAUGCUUCCUAUAUCAUUGUCAGUAUUUCAUUCUGCUGCUUCCCAUAGUUGAUUAACGAUAAAUUUUAUUCACCAUUUUUAUAGAAAAUUAUGAGUGCAGUGCUAUGCAACUGUAAUACCGUACUAAUGGGAGGUUGUAGUUCACUUAAUAUCAGUAGACCAAGUAGCACAAAUCAUAAUAUUGCUACCUGCUUAGUAAUGCCAUCGGUUCUUUUAAUUCUACAGGAAUUGGCUUUUCUUUACCAUAUUCAUAUUAGUUAUGGAAUCACAUUAGGUUACACUGUACUUUAUGAAAUUUAUUUUGUUGACACUGGAGAUAUUAUUUUUGAAUGGCACAGUAAGAUGGAGAUAGUAAAUUAAAAAUCAAAAUUGCAUGAACAUCCAUUUUUAUUCUGUUGUCUUGGGAAAGCACUGAUACAGAUCUCUCAGUGAAUGUAAUCUAGUCAGAUUUGUUUAUGGUAUUGUUAUGAAGGACAGUUAUGGUGAAGAAACAUCAAAAGAUGCUUGUAUAAUGCUGUUUUUCAUAUAUAAUGUAUACAGUACCAUGUGCUCAGUACUUUGCAUUUUCUAAACCUAAAAAUGAUAUUUAUGCAUUGUUACAAAUUAUUAUUCAGUUCCCUUAAGUAGCAGUAGUCAUCUUCAGAUUGAAUUUCAUCGGUACAGUACUAUGGGCCUUAUGAGAAUUUUCCGAAGCUUCUAAGUUGUUGCUCACGUCAAGUAUAAGCUUCGGUAGGGAGCCCCAAGCCUUGGCUGAUGACGCCUAGAAGGGGGAUAUGGUGGGGUCAAGUUUUUUAUUAACAGGUAUAAGUAGUAAAAAAACACUGUCUUGUAAAAGUAUUCAGAGUUUGUUGUAUAUAGUUGUUAUUAUUAAGUGUUGAAUCAUCUUAUGAAUUCAGUGAAACCUUGUGUAAGUGUUAUCAUCUAAUUUGUUACAUAGUGUGAUAUAUCAUAAUGUCGAGUUCUCUGAUGUAACUUGUAUAUUUACACCUCAAUUACAUUCUCUCCUUAUCAAAAUUUUAUGACACAACUAUUUUGAUCUUCCAUAGUUCAUUUUUAAUCUCAAGUUGUAUUUGUUAUUGAUGGAUCUGAAAUGUGAUUAAAGGUCUAAUGUUUUUCUGCGUUCAAGACAAAAAGGUUGGACAACACUGAAGGCUCGGAGUCAGAAUUUCUCACAUCAAAGGCAUUUUUUUCAUACUACAAGACUGUUGGUGGUAAACUGCUUUUAUAUCACCACCAUAACUCCCUUGACAUAUAGGUAGACCUGCACAUGUAUAUAUGACGAAUGUGUAUAUACUUCCAGACACCCUGUGGUGUCUCCUCCUCUCUCUUGGGUGUAUCGGCAACAACCAUUGUAGGUCAUCACUUUGUUUUUUAAUUUACUCUCUUCAUUUUGGUACCUGUAGUUGAUAGUGUUAUGAUAUUUAGCUGAUUUUAGAAGUUAUUUGCAGUAAUCCUUCUGCAGUUUUGUAUACCCAGAUUCAGAAUUCUACAGUACAGGUUAUACAGUACUGUACAGUAUCUCCUAAUUUGGAACAUUCUGGUGGUUCAGUAAUUAAAUACAUUAUUGAAUUCUCCAAUGCAGGUACUUACAGUAAAUUGUAAUAUAGUACCUGUACAGCACUGUAUAUUCUGAAUUAUAAGAAAUAUUCUAGAAAUUAACUGGCUUUUUAAGUACAAUUUGCAAUCUAAAACUUCAAUUAUUUUAUUACAGUGUACAGUACAUUAUGUACUUCUCAUAUGAUAAAUACAGCAGUCAACAAUACAGUUUACUGUAUGAAUAUCUUAUCAUAUUUGUAACAUGCUGUAUUUACAGUGCACUGUACUGUACCUUGAUUAGAUUCACAUUCAAGAAAUGACACCUUCAAGUACGUGUGUGUGUGUGAGAGAGAGAGAGAGAGAACGACUCCCAUUCCUCCUGAAUACUACUGUAUGAUGAAGGUCUUUUAGUUUACUGUACUUUAUAUUACAAGCAAUAUUUUUUAUUUUUUUAUUCAUUAUUUGCAACACUAAGGUUCUUAAAGCUAUGUAAACUUAUUGUGACAUGUUUUGGAAUCAUGAAAUGCAUCAAUAUUAUCACUUCUCUGGAAUAUCUAAUUGGGAAGAUUCCAAAAUAUUGCCAAAUAUUCACAGACACAGACUCCUCCCAAAUUCAGAUCUUAAACUUCUUUUAUUCUGAAUUGCAGAAGGAUUAUUGUACAGUAUUUUAAAAUGUUUAACCUCACAGAAAGGCUUGUUUAAAAAAAAAAAAGAAUAUACAGUACUUUAAUUUUGAGACUCGGAUGAGGUAAGAAAAUAGUUCAGGGUUACAGACUUUUGGUCAUCUCUGAAGGAGUUUUAUUGUGUCUUUUUUACUACUGUAUAUUAGUCUCUACAGUAUAUUAUUUUGUCUAAUUUUAGUGACUUAUUAUAUAUGAUUUACUGUAUUGGAAAUUUAUUAAAGUUGAAAUCCAUAAACAUUAGCUUUUAUGGUUCUUUUGUUUUAUUGUAAUAACUGUAUAAUAGUAUGACAUAGGUAUUAUAACAAGAGCAAGACCUUGCACCCAGGGUGAUCAUUCCACUACUUGCAGAGACAUACCCUGUGCAGUAACCAAUAAACAUGUACUCACAUGG